AUGAAUGAAAACUAAAAUGACUCUAUUUUUAAUACAGAUAAUUAGAUUAUUUUAAAAUCUAAAAUGGAAUUAAGCAAUGUAGAAAAUAUCAAUCUUACCUUUCAUGCUGAUUAGGAAGAAAAUUCUUAUAUCUAUGAAAUCUAAGAUUAAGGGGCAUUAAAUAGAAGAGAGUAUUUUGUAUCUAGCAUGGCAGAAUAGAAAAGAUAUAAAAAAUCUUCAUCUAGUGUUAGUAGCAUAAAAGAUGUCAAAUAUGAGGAUUCUAACUACGCUCAAUCACCAAGAUAAAAAGAUGUUAGCUUAAUAUAAAAUAUGCUUGAAAAGACAAAUACAAUUACAAAAGAAAAAUAAUAAAGCAUGUUGAGGACAUCUUAAUUAAUUUCAUCAAAUAAUUGCAAUUUAUUAUCUCCUUCUCAAUUGACAGCUAUUGAAGUAAAAAAAACGCAAAGCUAAGAAUAACAAGCUCUUAUAACUUAGGAAUAAAAAUAUAGCAAUAACUACAAUAGAAGUAUUAUUUAAAAGAAGACUUUUUUGCAAGAAAGUAGAACUUCGUAAGAAUUUCAUCCUAUUAAUGUUGAUUUAACGAAAUAUAACCAAAAAAAUAUUUUUUCACCAUAAGUAAAAAAGAGCCCAUAUUCUGAUAAAAUAGAUUUAUAAUCAUCUGCUAUUUACUAUGAUGUUAAUUAGUUUAAAAGUGAAUACAACUAUAGGAAAAAUUACCUUGUAAUUAUUACAUAUAUGAAAAAAAUUGCUAAUAAGUUACUUCUUAAACUUGCAUACAAAGAUAACAGAUUAUUAAAUUCUACACAUUUAACUAUAAUAAGAGAUAAAGCAAUUGUUGAUUAUCAAAGUUAUUUUAAUGAAUUAUUUAAAUCAUAAAAGUAUGUAUAUCCUUUAAAAUUCUAAGAUCACUUAUUGGAUAAUAAAAAGAAUUAAAUUUUACUCAGAAAUACAAAUACUAACACUUAAAAAAGAAAUACUAAUAUAUUUGUUUUCAUUUUAAAAAUUAUGAUUAGUGCAUUAAAGUAAGCUAAUGAUAUUGUAGGAGUAAUUUCUCCUAACUCUGUUAUAAUAGCAAUAAUAUAAGUAAUAAUAGUACUACUAAUAUUUUAUUUUAUUUUUAUUCUUUCAAUCUAGUCUUGUUUUCUAGACUAUUAUUAAUAAUAGAUUGAUGAAAUUUAAUAUAUCUACAUAAGUGGCAUAGGAUACACUUUAAUUGAUAUUUAUAUAGGAUUUUAUUAAGGAUUCUAUGAAUUUGGAUGUGUUUAAAAUAAUAGAUAUUAAAUUGCAUGCAGAUACUUAAAAAAAAGAUUUUAUAUAGAUCUAAUCAUGUUAAACUGCUAUAUAUUCAACUAUUUGUACUAGUAGAACAUAUCCAUAUUGCUAACUAUUAUUUUCAGUGUCAUUUAAGUUAACAAUAAAGUAAAGUAAAUUAACGAUUACUUUAAAUUAUCUAGCAGAUUUCCUUUUUGGUUUGAUAUUCUUAAAUUAUUGGUAACAAUUCUAAUUAUUGCUCACAUUUGUGGAUGUGGAUUCUAUUAUGUGAGUGUGAUCUCAUAAAAAUCUCAAUUCGAUUAAGUUUUUAAGGAUGGGAAUUUUAAUUGGAUUGAUUUUUAAGGAUUAACAAAUUCAAGUUGGUAAACGAAAUAUGUUUAUUCUUUAUACUUCUCAGUCAUAACCAUGGCUACAGUUGGAUAUGGUGAUGUAUUUCCUGUUAAUAUAAAUGAAAGAAUAUAUGUAAUAGCAAUGACUUUUGUCUCUUGUGGUUCAUUUGCUUACUCAAUUAAUUAUAUAGGAUAAAUCUUUACAUAAAUUUAGUAAUAAAGUUAGAGUUUUUAAUAAAAGUAAUACGAUCUCUUGAAUUAUAUGAGACUUAAGCACAUUUCUAAAGAAACAUAAACAAGAAUUUUAAAAUACUUAGAGUAUUUAGAAGAUAAAACAGAUUAAAUAGCCAUCAAAGGCUAAUAAAUAUUAGAUGAUUAUCCACCUGAACUUAGAGAUGAAGUCAUGAAAGAGAAUUUUUUAAAGCUACUAAAUUUAGCUCCAUUCUUAAAAAACACCUUUAGUUAAAAUUUUUUGUUACAACUAUGCCUUAAGUUCAAGGAAAAAAGAAUAGGACCUGGCGAGAUUUUAGUUAGGAAGAAUUAAAAAUUGGAGUAUCUAUAUAUAUUGACUAAAGGUAUAGCAGAGUAUGUCAAUUUUGAUGGAGUAGAAAAAUUACCAUUAUAUUAGAUAAAAAAUAUUCAAAACGAGCAAACUUUAAUAGAUGUCAGAUUAUUUUUUACUGGAAUAGAGGCAGAUGUUUCAAUUUAGAGUAAAAUAGUGAGUUGCGUGGCUUAUAUUUCUUUUGAGGAUUUUUAUAAUGUUGUAAAAUAAUUUCCUAGCGAUUAUGAAGUAUUUUGUAUGCUUAAAGAUUAAUUUUUAAAUGACAGUAGAUAAUAUUUGUAAUGUCAAAGCUGCAGGUAAAUCGGUCAUUCUUUUAUAAAUUGUCCAUAGCUGCAUUAUGAUUUAGAUAAUUAACUAUUUUUACAAAGAUAAAUUAAAUCAAUACCAUAAUAGAGAUUUUUUUAAAAUCGUAGUAGAUAAAAAAAAUAUAACUCAGUAUUUUAAAAAUUCAUAACAUCUCAAAAUCUCAAACUUUUUAGAUGGACAUUAGUCUAAAAAUAUUUACAAAACUACAAUCAUAUUGAUCCUAUAGCCGAAGCAAGUGUCAUGGAAAAUGAGAAAUAGUUUUAUAGAAGAUGUCCAAAAUUUAAUUUAUAAUAUUUUUCUGUUUAAUCAUAAAUUGCUAUCGAAAGAAAAAAUACAGGAGAUUUAAGCAGCGAAAGCUAAUCAGAAUGCUCACUUUCUUCUGAUUCGUUUACUAAAUCAUCUUAAUCGUCUAACAAAUCUCCAUCACAUUAUACUUAAUCUCUAUUUUCUGAAUAAAAAUUGAAAAGCCCAUUAUCUGAAGUCUCUAUCAAAUCUCAUGACAAUAAAAGAAGUAGUAGGAGAACUCAUACCUUAAAAAGAAAAACAGUAGAACUCGAAAACCAAAUAGUUACUAUAAGAGAUAUACCAAUAAAUGACAGUUAGCAAGAUAAUACGAUUUUUAACUAAGAAGUAGAAAAUUAGAAAUAAUUAAAUUUAGAAUCAUUGUAAAAGCUGGAUACGAUGGAUCGUUCUGUAGAUAAUUUUGCACCUGACAUAAGAAUUCAGUAUUUUCAAAAAAAUAGUCACAAAAAAAAUUCUCAAAUUUUUGAAGGAAAAUAAUGUGAUGAUUAAAAUACUUAAACGAACUAUUCUUUCAAAGCUAGUACUAAAAAUAAAUCAGAUACACUAAAAAUAUAAACUUCUGAUAUAGAUAAUAAAUUGAAUGAAUAUUAAUAAUAGUCAGAUCUCAAAAAUUCUAUUAAUUGCCAUGUAUAAAAUUUGCUUUCUUAAAACCUUGUCUUUCAGGUUAUGUAAAAAAUAGUAAACGAUUCACUUAAUAAGACAAAAAAAUCUUUUUCUCAUACCUCAAUUUCAUACCAACAAUAAGAGUCAAUGGAUAUUACUAAAGAUUAGAUUGACUCAUUACAAAAAUUUAAAAAGCGACAAAAUUUACUUACUAAUAAUAUAAUUUUCUAAAAUUUUAAAAGAAUUCCUUCAAUUAAUACAAAUAUGUAAAAGUAAGAUUAGUAAAUUAGCAACAAUAAAGAAGUCUAAAAGGGAGAGAGUCACAUUUUUGGAAAAUUAGAAUUUUCCUUUGAUAGAAUAUAAGAAUUUGAAAAAUAUUUUCCUAAAAAUAAUUGGACCAAGGUUAUCAAGUCUUAUAAAAAAUAAAAUAUCAUUGAAAAAAUAAUUUAAGCAAAAUAAAAUAAAAAAAUGAAUAAAGCAACUUAAAAAAUAAAAUUUAUUGAAUCAUCCAAAAAUUUUAUAAAUAUUGCAUCACCUUCUCCAGCAAGUUAAUUUAGAUGUAAAAUUUAAAAAUUAAAGUAAAAUUAAAAUAUUCAUUUCAUAUAAAUAAAGUAAUAAAUUAGGAUUCAUCAAAAAGCUAAGAAGGUGUUUUGCUAAAAUGAAUUAAAUUUACAUUUUUCUUAAUAUUUUAUUUGA